AUGCGUCUGUCCACCUCGGUCGUGCUCGGAGCCGCGGCCACCGCGGUCGCCGGCGACCAAAAGAUCCUCAACAAGGACAGCAAAUACCACUCCCCCCUCAACCUGGGCGGCAACCCGCUCACCGGCUUCGACUGGUCCGCCGACAUUGCGUCGUGGGCGCAGCCGCUCAAGGCGCUGUACGGCGACAUCUCGGCCGAGGCCAAGGCGACCUGGGACGAGGUCGCGCAGCUGGCGCCCGAGGUCGUCGCGACGUUCAAGCAGAGCAUCGCGGCCAAGGCCAAGCCCAAGAAGAUUCACCACCGCCCCGACGCCCACUGGGACCACAUUGUCCGCGGUGCCGACGUGCAGGCGCUCUGGACCAAGGGUGAAGACGGCGAGGACCGCCGCCAAUAUGGCGGGCAGCUCGACAACUACGACGUGCGCGUACGCAAGGUGGACCCUGCAAAGCUCGGCGUCGACUCGGUCAAGCAGUACUCAGGAUACCUCGACGACAACGAGCAAGAUAAGCACCUCUUUUACUGGUUCUUCGAGUCGCGCAAUGACCCGGCCAACGACCCCGUCGUGCUGUGGCUCAACGGCGGGCCCGGUUGCUCGUCGAUGCUCGGCCUCUUCAUGGAGCUCGGCCCGGCGUCGAUUGACAAGAAGGGCAAGGUGGUGCACAACCCGAGCUCGUGGAACAGCAACGCGUCGGUCAUCUUCAUCGACCAGCCCGUCAACGUCGGCUACUCGUACGGCAGCGGCAGCGUGUCCAACACGGCCGCCGCCGCCAAGGAUAUUUACGCCCUCCUCACCCUCUUCUUCCACCAGUUCCCCGAGUACGCCGAGCGCGACUUCCACAUUGCCGGCGAGUCGUAUGGCGGCCAUUACGUGCCCAUCAUGGCGCACGAGAUCCUCUCGCAUAAGGACCGCAACAUCAACCUCAAGUCGGCGCUCAUCGGCAACGGCCUUACCGACGGCCUCACCCAGUACGAGUACUACCGCCCCAUGGGCUGCGGCGACGGCGGCUACCCGGCCGUGCUCGACGAGUCGCAGUGCCAGGCCAUGGACAAUGCCCUCCCGCGCUGCCAGUCGCUUAUUGAGUCCUGCUACAACAGCGAGAGCGUCUGGAGCUGCGUGCCGGCCAUCCUUUACUGCAACGCCCAGUUCAUCGGCCCCUACCAGCAGACGGGCCAGAACCCGUACGACGUGCGCGAAAAGUGCAAGGGUGGCAACCUCUGCUACGACGAGAUGACGUGGAUCACCGACUUUCUCAACCGUGACGACGUCCAGGAGGCGCUCGGCGUCGAGCCCACGACCUUUGACAGCUGCAACUUUGACAUUAACCGCAACUUCAUGUUCCAGGGCGACUGGAUGCUGCCCAUUGUCAGGGUCAUCCCCGGUCUGCUGGAGCAGAUUCCAGUGCUCGUGUACGCCGGCGAUGCCGACUUCAUCUGCAACUGGCUCGGCAACCAGGCGUGGACGGAGCGUCUGGAGUGGGCGGGCCAGAAGGCAUACAGCGAGGCCAAGAUCAAGGACCUGACGCUCGACGGCGCCAAGAAGCCGUACGGCAAGGUCAAGUCGGCAAAGGGCCUGACGUUUAUGCAGCUCUUUGAGGCGGGUCACAUGGUGCCGUACGACCAACCCGAGGCGUCGAUUGACUUUCUCAACCGCUGGAUUUCGGAUUUGAAAAUUUUCUGCCUGGAUAGUUGGACAUUUGUUUGCUAG